UCCGGCAGGAGAGAUGACGUCGAAGCGAGUCUUCAUGGCGGUACGGACCGAAUGGACGGGAACGCAGGGCCAAUCAAGCCAGCUCGGCAAAGACAUUUCGGCUAGAGGCAAUUAAUGCUGGUGACUGCGUCGUCCAGGCUGUUCAUAUCUGAGGUAGAAUUCGGCUUUCUCCGGGACUGUCUUCGACCUGUCUGUGGCCUUCAUUUUGUUUCUUUCUCGAUCGCUCUGGUCGUCUUCGUCCGCUCCGCCAUCACAAUGACCACCGCAGCAGACGAUACCUGGCAAGUCGGGAUGCAGUUCCCGUCAAUGAAAGAGGCCCGCGAUGCGCUGGUCCGGCAUACCCUCGACCUGAACACCUCCUUUCGAGUCGAGAAGGCCAAUUCAGAGAAGUACUUCACCGCGUGUCGCAGCGGCUCCGACUGCCCGUAUAAGGUUCGCAUGUAUAUGAGCCGGAAGACCGGCCUCGUGCGGAUUCAAACAUAUGAACCCCUGCACUCCUGCCCAGCUGAGACGCAUGACAACUGGAGACCGCCGGUGCCGACGAGUCCCGACGCAGAGGGCUCACCGCCGCAACCUAAAAGCCCCGAACAAGUCAGAAAUGGUAGUAUAGAUAUAUUUCCUUGAAUUCCUCCUGCGAAGGAAAGAAAGAAUAAAGAGAGAGAGAGAACGUACCCAUCCGUUUGAAGCUGCUGGCCCUUGUCCAACCAAUACCGCGGAAUGCCAAGAAUGUGUAUUUGGGCCAUCCAACAUCCCUAAUUCGAGCAGUUUUGGGCCAUCGCUGCAA